CUCCACCCGUUACUCAGUCCUCAGCCAUCAUGACCUCAAACCUCCACCCGUCCGCCGCCGCCGCCGAACACCAAUCCGAACAGCACCCCCUCCUCGCCCUCCCCACAAAAGAAAUCCCCGGCAGCUACGGCACCCCCUUCCUCUCCCCCAUCAAAGACCGCCUCGAUUACUACUACUUCAAAGGCAAAGAUGAUUUUUUUCUUUCAAAAAUCAAUCUUUACUCCUCCACCGUCUUCCGCACCAACGUCCCACCCGGUCCUUUCAUGGCUUUCAUGGCUUCCGCCCCCCGCGUCAUCGCCGUUCUCGACGCCAAAAGCUUCCCCAUCCUCUUCGACACAUCUAAAGUAGAAAAAAAAGACGUUUUUACCGGCACGUACAUGCCCUCCACCAACCUCACCGGCGGCCACCGCGUCUGCUCUUACCUCGACCCCUCCGAACCCAACCACACCAAAAUCAAACAGUUCCUCUUCAACCUCCUCGCUUCCCGCAAGGACGCCAUUAUCCCCUCCUUCCGCUCCUCCUACGCCGCGCCAAUCUUCUCCUCCAUCGAAUCUCAAAUCGCUUCUAAAGGCCGCGCCGAUUUCAACGCUCUGAACGAUAACCUCGCCUUCGAUUUCAUCAGCGACGCUUAUUUCGGCGCGCGGCCGUCGAAAACAGGGGAUUCUUCUUUGCCGUCAAAGGUGACAGUUUGGCUGCUGCUGCAACUCGCUCCUCUGUUGAGCAACGUUUUAACGCCGUUUAAAGUUCCGAAGUAUGUGGAAGAUCUUCUUCUCCACACUUUCGCCCUACCUUCGAUUAUCGCGAAGCCGGGGUACAAGAAGAUGUACGCGUACUUUGAGUCCGCCGGAGCGGCGGCGCUCGACAUGGCGGAGAAGCUGGGGUUGUCGCGCGAGGAGGCUUGUCAUAACCUUGUGUUUGCGAGCUGUUUCAACAGUUAUGGAGGAUUGAAGGUGCUGUUCCCCGGAGUUGUGAAGAGGUUGGCGGAAGCAGGGAAUGAUCUGCACACGAAGCUGGCGGCGGAGGUCAGGGGAGCGGUGGCGGAGCUUGGGGAGAACGGGAGGUUGACAGUGGCGGCGCUGGAGAAGAUGGAGUUAACUAAUUCGGUGGUGUAUGAGGUGCUGAGGAUUGACCCGCCAGUGGAGUUUCAGUACGCUCAUGCUAAGAAGGAUUUCGUGCUGCACAGCCAUGACGCCGCGUUUCAGGUGCGCAAGGGUGAAAUGCUCUUCGGCUACCAGCCAAUCGCAACCAGAGACACCCGCGUCUUCGGAGCCGACGCCGACAAGUUCGUUCCCGACCGCUUCGUCGGCGCGGAGGGCGCUAAGCUUCUCCGCUACGUGUGGUGGUCCAACGGCCCCGAGACAGAGAGCCCCACCGUCAACAACAAGCAGUGCGCCGGCAAGAACUUCGUCGUCCUCGUCGCCCGACUCCUCGUCGCCGAGCUGUUCCUCAGCUACGAUUCAUUCACAGCCGAUGUGAGCAAUUUUCUGCUCGGUUCCAAGAUCACCAUCACUUCUGUUACUAAGGCUAAGAACAAGCUUGGUGGGGACCAUGUAGUUUAAUUAAUUACCUAACGUGGUAGUUAAUUACUGUUUAAUGAGUUAAUGAACUUAGAUUAAUGGAGUUGUUAUGUAGUGAAAUGAAAUGCUACGUCUUUCGGUGGGGUGAGGUGCCUUUUGUAAUAUUGUAUUUUAUGUCGCUUGGUCAUGGUUUGUAUGCGUAAUAAAGUAAUAAGCUGUCGAGAGAAGUUUUGGAA